GAAAGCAGCGAGCGCCGUUCGAUCGGGCAAAAAGGCGUUCGAGCGAAAAACGCUGGUAACAUAAGUGAACACAUCACGUCACAUUCAUUAUCAGUAAAGUCAAAGGUUUUGUUGCAACAAAAAUAAUAAGUAAAUUAAACUGGCAAAACAAGAUGAUAGGAGUAGCUGAACGCACGAAAUUGUAGAGCAGUGAGUCGGUUUCGUGUGUACCCGUGAGUAUCAAUCAGGAUUGAGAUGUGAUCCAGCGCAAUCCUCGCAGAAGCAUAAUGCUUGUGAUUGUGAGUGUAGUGAUACUGUGCAUGACACGUUCUGCGCUAGCAGCAGACGGCUUAAGAUUUAUAUAUGGAAAUGUUUUUAAGUCUGCCAGUGAGAUCGAUUUACAGUUGAAUGUCACUUCGUACACUGUAGGUUGCAAGCUCGAGUCAACGGGGAAUGACGUCAACAGUCAGUUUCUGGGUCUGUAUCUCGUGAAUAAAAAAAUUGAAUCUCAGAUCAUAAACGCCACAACCAUAAUAACCGAGGUGGACCUUCAACCCAGCAAUGAAUCAGAAGUAUGUGGCGUGAAAACCUACGUUUGCAAACUGAAUCAAACCAUUGUCCACAGUACGACUGUAUUCGUUGGCAGAGCACCAACGCGGAUAGAUCCGGCCGAUUUCAAAUGUGUAUCGGAAAAUCGAGAGUUUUUAUGGUGUGAAUUUCCACGUAACGAUCACUGCGAUUUGAACACCUUGUAUAAACUUUCCAUGAUAAGGCAUCACGUGCAGUCUGAAUGUGCCCUGGAAGGGCGACUCGGUGAUCGAAUGCGUUUCGAUAGUCGGAGCGAUACUUGCCUCUACUCUGCCGGACAUAGGAGUUUUACGUUCGAGCUUGAAUCUCUGAAUGUCAUUGGAAGAACCGACAUGGAGUUUCACAUCAACCAUUACGAUUUAGUAAGACCGGCAGCACCAAAACUACUGCAGGUCAUCAAUAUCACUACUACACGUGUUGACAUUGCAUGGAAUUUAAACGCGAGACUUUUGAAUCUAGAUCGUAAAUUUGAAUAUCAAUUUUUGUUGGUAUCAGAGUAUGGACUAGAGCAGAGUUCUUUUGUUACGAAGUCUUUUGAUGUUGCCGAAAAAAAUUAUCAUACAAUUGAAAAUUUAUCGCCAUAUACCGGAUACGAAUUGUCGGUUCGCGUUCGAGUUGUAUCAAUUGCACCGCGGAAUGCCGAAAAUGAAUACUGGUCAGAUUGGUCCUCAGCGAAAUUCAGAACCAAAGCUUGUAAACCGCAUCAAACACCUGUGACAGCUCCUGGGGCGUAUAGUCUAAAGGAGAUUAAGGGUGAUUUCGUGACUGCUGAAGUUUACUGGCAGCAAGUUAGUCCACUCCUACAUAACGGUCCCGGAUUCAGUUACAACGUUUCGGCUAUUUCAACGGAGGGCGAGAGAUUUCACCCUACCUCAAUGAGUAAUGAAACCGCUUUGUUUCACCAAUUGAAAAUUGGUUACUAUCUAGUUCAAAUAUCAUGCUACAAUAGGGAAGGACCCUCCGAUGACUUUAACGUAAUUGAAAUAUUUCCACCUGCGGAAGGUUUAAAACCAACUAUUAGAAAAAUAUUGUUGGACGACGAGUUCCAUCAACUGUCCUGGUAUUCUGUUCCAAAUUUAGAGUACCUUUUGAAUUACACAGUUAUCUACUGUAAUUUCACUGCCACCGGAUCCUGUCGUGACGCAAUAAAAUUUGCCGUGCUACCACCAACCGAAACGACCUUCAACAUUACAUCGGAACGAGUGUUGAAUUUUGCAGUCGCGGCCCACUAUAGGAACUACUCAUCGGAUCUCGCCUGGCAAAAGUGUGUAGUAUCCAGCGUGACCGGCAUCGCCCAGCCAAAGUUCAGCUUCACCGAUAUAUCUGCGAACUCCUUUGUUCUUCGUAUGAAUAAUUCCUGCACGGAUCGAUCCCUCGUUCAGCGGUACGGGAUUAGUGUGUGGACUGCGGAUGAUGCCACUCUUGUACAGACAAUGGGCUUUGAUCCGUACGUUACUGUGAUACCAAUUGGUAAUCUGAAAUCCAGUACUGAAUACAAUGUCACGGUAGCAGCCUAUGACGAUUCGGAAACCCCACAGCAGACAACGGCUGUUGUUCGUACAAUACACAGUGGCGUUUUCUUGCACUCUCUAUUUUAUUCGUUAGGUGUCAUAGUCGUGCUUAUUGGAGUGAGCAUAAAUACAUCCAGGAAAGUAAAAAAGAUGAUGAACAUCAAGGUUGACAUUCCGCUAGGAUUGAUGGGAAUCGAUGAAACAAUCAACAACGAAGACUGUGAGAAUGCGAAUGGGCUUCUUAAAACAGCCAUCAAAGAUUUUAGUUCAGUUAAUACUUCUGAAGCAGCCGACGAGUAUGGUAUGGAUUCUUCCUUAAAACAGUCAUGUGGACACUGGAAGAGACCCAAGAAUAGUAUUCAGAUUUUAACAGACGAUGCAUACGUUUUACCGUCGUCUCUCUCCUUGAUAGAAAAACUCGAGGAUAAUCAGAUCAGUACCAUUUCAUAUCCAGGUUAUGUUUCAUUGACCUAGUCAACGGGGUAGGAACUGGCAGUACCCAUGUGAUAAACCGUAGGCUUGGUAAUGCAAGCGCAUUAUGAUAAACUUAAAAAAUAAAAGGUUGUUAACUAUUUUA